CUUUUUACUCCUUCUUCUUUGUAGGUGUGUGUACAUGUAAGAUGCUCUGUUUUGUUUUUAGGGUGACUUUCUGUCAAUGGUCUACAGAUGAAAAAUAGCCUUUUCGGCGAAUUCUGGCACAUUUACAGCCAUGUUUAUUAAUGUGCAUUGCCCCUGUAAACAAAUAAACUAAACUUACGAAAACGCUGUACAUGAACUUUUUGGUCACACUGUGGACCCGUAGAAGAAGGCGUGCCUGGUAACGCGGUUGUCAGGAAGACAUUGGGGAGAAAACGUGUGCAUCAGUAUGAUUUGUUUACCUUUUGACUGAUACGCCAGCCGUGUUUAUGAACACAUUACUUAUCGAUGUAUAUUUCGCGUCUUUAGAUUGAUAUCGGUUUUGUCCAAGUUUAUCGUCCUGGAUCUCCUCAGUUCUCUCGGUUGGGUGGAGUAUUUUUCUUCACUCUGUUGGAAUUCGUCCCGCACAUCGUCUCCAGGAUGACCGCACGGUUCAAGACUUUUUAAGAACCGCCAAUGGUCGUUCUGGAAGAGUGUGAGUGAUCUAGCUGACAGGUGUCUUUGUGGCACCUCUCAUCAGUUGUUAUGGGUACAGCAUCCUCUUUGGUGAGCCCCGGUGAGGUGAUUGAGGAUGCGUAUGGUGGUGAAGGAGGGGAGGCGUGUGAGAUACCGGUGGAGGUAAAGCCAAAGGCACGUCUGCUGCGGAGUUCCUUUCGUCGCGGGCCUCGUGUCAUCGGCGCCAGCUUCAAAUCUACUGGAUCGGUGGAACUGGAGUAUGCAGCUGAGUAUGAGCGUCUCAGGAAGGACUAUGAGAUCUUUAGGGUCAGCAAGAACAAUGAGAUCGCCUCCAUGCAGAAGAAGGAAGCCAAGCUGGAUGAGGAGAACAAAAGACUUCGUGCUGAGCUGCAGGCUCUUCAAAAGACUUACCAGAAGAUUCUUCGAGAGAAGGAAAGUGCCCUGGAGGCAAAGUAUCAAGCCAUGGAGAGAGCUGCCACCUUUGAGCAUGACAGAGACAAGGUCAAACGGCAGUUUAAGAUAUUCCGGGAGACUAAAGAAAAGGAAAUUCAGGAUUUGCUGCGGGCAAAACGAGAUCUAGAGUCAAAACUUCAACAGUUGCAAGCUCAAGGCAUUCAGAUUUAUGAUCCAGCAGACUCGGAUUCAGACGACAACCACACCACUGUCACCACUGCAGGAACUCAGUGUGAGUACUGGAGUGGUGGCGUGUUGGGCAGCGAGCCGUCCAUGGGCAGUAUGAUGCAGUUACAGCAGACACACAGGGGUCCAGAAUUCGCUCACAGUCUCAUCGACGUGGAGGGGCCGUUUGCCAAUGUCAGCAGAGAUGAUUGGGAUGCGGCCGUAGCCAGUCUGCUGCAAGUUUCUCCUCAUGUCUCUCAGGCUCUAUGGAGUAACACAGUCCGCUGCUACCUCAUAUACACACAGGAGACCAAAGCAGAGCUGCAGACCUUUAUACAGACUUAUUCUUUGAGGCUGCAGAGGUUUUGUGAGGGUCUGGGUCAUUUCUACUUAAAUGUGUCAUUUCCUGAGGAGAAAGCCGCAAUGUAUGCUGCUGAACGCAAGCAGGAGAUUGAGAGGAGCUCUGUGUGUGUGCUGCUACUCAAGUCCUCAGUGUCCAGUUGUGUUGUAGAGGAUGUGGAGGAAGCAUUUGUGAAAACUCCAGACUCUCGGCCUCUCUUGCUGUAUUUGCGAACUGGUGACAGAAAAGGAGAAAAAGAGGAGGUGUCCACCCUCAGCCCAUCCACUAGAGACUUACUGGAGAGAGUUAACAAAGCUGACAAGAGUGCCAAACUUAAAAUAGUGGAUCAUGCAGGGUCUAUAGAGGAAGGAGCUGCUCUUAUCUUCAAUCAGCUUGAAAGAGUUGUCAAACAGGAGUUGUUGGGAUUGGAGUUAGAAGAGAGUGGAGCAGUGGAGGAGAGAGAAGAGGAAGACUCUGGUGAUGUGCUAUGGGAUCUUCAUGAUGAGCAGGAGCAGAUUGAGGCAUUCCAGCAGGCUUGCAGCGGCGCUUCCAGAUUCAGCUUUCAGAAGUAUGUCGACCGACUCAAUGAUAUGGUAGCCGCCCCUCCACCCACCCCACCACUGCUAGUAUCUGGUGCACCUGGAUCGGGCAAAUCACUUUUGCUUGCUAAAUGGAUAGAGUUACAGCAGAAACACUCUCCCAACACCCUCAUCUUGUAUCACUUCACAGGACAUCCUCUUUCUACCAGCACAGAUCCAGUGCUCAUCAUUAAGCGCCUCACAGUAAAGCUGCUCCAGCAUUUCUGGUCUAUUUCUGGCCUCUCUAUGGACCCUUCUAAGAUCCUUGAAGAGUUCCCACGCUGGCUAGAGCGGCUGUCUGCACGUCACCACGGCAACAUCAUAAUAAUUAUUGAUUCCAUUGACCAAAUACAGAAUGCCGAGCGGCACAUGAAGUGGCUGAUUGAUCCUCUUCCUGCUAAUGUAAGAGUGCUGGUGUCAGUUAAUGUGGAGACCUGUCCACAGGCAUGGAGAUUGUGGCCCACGCUGCACCUGGACCCCCUCAAUCCCAGAGAGUUGAAGAGUGUCAUCGGCACAGAGUGUGUGAACAGCGAUAUCAAACUCACCAAAGAUCAGGAAAAGAAGUUGGAGAGACAUUGUCGUUCAGCUGCAACAUGCAACGCGCUCUAUAUCUCACUACUGGCAAGGCUUAUUACACACUCCAGGUCCUCCUGGACAUUGGAGAGGACUCUACAGCAGUGUGCGUUGUGUCAAGAUACAGUAUCGCUAUACAGGCUGGGGCUAAAGGUGGCGCUAGACUCACUCAGCACCGAUCAGGAAAAACACAUUAUGAAAGAGUUAUUGUGCCUGGUAUGUGCCAGUCACAAUGGCAUCAGUGAAUCAGAAGCUUUGGAGCUGUUCCCGGACUUGAGUUUUCCUGCUCUAACCUCACUACUUCACAAUAUAGAGAGACUACUAAUCGUUUCCUACGCCUGUGGCCUCAUUCGGUUUCAACACCCACAGGCAUGUGAAGCGGUCAACCAGGAGUUUCUGGAUGGGGGCAAAUGUCGUAGAUCCUACAGAGAGAAAAUCAUUCGGUUCUUUAGUGAACAGUUGAAGCAAGACAGAGUGACGUGGAGGGUGGCUGAUGAACUGCCGUGGUUACUCCAGCAGCAGGAAGAUCGAAGUAAACUUCAGAUGAGUCUGCUUAACCUGUUUGUGUCCCAGAACCUGUACAAGAGGGGUCAUUUCUCUGAGUUGCUGACGUACUGGCAGUUUGUUGGUAAGGAUAAGUGCUCAAUGGCGUCUGAGUAUUUCGAUUCAUUGAAGGAGUUUGAGAAGACCUGUGAGAGUGAGCAGAGCAUGAGCCAACUGGCCAACCUUUAUGAGACACUGGGCCGCUUCCUCAAAGACCUGGGACUGCUCAGCCAGGCGGUGGCCCCCUUGCAGCGUUCCUUAGAGAUCCGUGAGACGGCUCUGGACCCGGACCACCCAAGUGUGGCUCAGUCCCUGCACCAGCUGGCGGGGGUUUACGUUCAUUGGAGGAAAUUCGGAAACGCAGAACAGUUGUACAAACAAGCUUUGGAGAUUUGUGAAAAUGCUUACGGCCCUGAACACAGCACUGUCGCUAGAGAGCUAGACUCACUCUCGCUCCUCUACCAGAAACAAAACAAAUAUGAGCAGGCUGAGAAGUUGAGAAAGAGAUCUGUCAAGAUCAGACAGAAGACAGCGCGACAAAAAGGCCACCUGUAUGGUUUCGCUCUCCUGAAGCGGCGGGCACUGCAGUUAGAGGAGCUUACUCUUGGCAAAGACUCAGCAGAUUGUGCCAAGACUCUAAAUGAGCUUGGAGUGCUUUAUUACCUGCAGAACAACCUGGAUGCUGCAAAGAUGUUCUUGACCCGAUCCCUGGAGAUGCGUCAGCGUGUUCUGGGGCCGGAUCACCCCGACUGCGCCCAGUCCCUGAACAACCUAGCUGCGCUUCACUGCGAAAGGAAAGAGUACGAGAGUGCCGAGGAGCUGUACGAAAGAGCACUUGACAUCCGCAAACGAGCACUUGCCCCAGAUCAUCCCUCUCUUGCCUAUACCCUCAAACACUUGGCAAUGCUUUACAAACGCAGGGGGAAGCUUGAAAAGGCAGUUCCUCUAUAUGAACUAGCUCUUGAUAUCAGAGAGAAGAGCUUCGGGCCUAAACACCCCAGUGUAGCCACUGCUCUGGUUAACCUUGCAGUGCUCUACUGCCAGCUGAAGCAGCACAGUGAUGCAUUGCCUUUGUACGAGCGUGCUCUAAAGGUAUAUGAAGACAGUCUCGGCCGACUGCACCCUCGUGUUGGAGAGACUCUGAAAAACCUGGCUGUACUCAGCUAUGAAGAGGGAGAUUUCGAGAAGGCUGCUGAACUAUAUAAGCGAGCAAUGGAAAUAAAAGAGGCAGAGCCAUCUCUGAUUUGCGGUAAGGCCCCGUCACGCCACUCAUCUAGUGGCGACACCUUUAGCCUGCGAAGUCCUGCCCUUCCUCACACCUCAAGGUGACAUCUCUACCCCUCAAGACUUACCUAAGGUGAACUCUUACCUUUAUUACUGAAGCCAUAUUGGCCACACUUGCUGUGUACAGGCCUGUGCUUGAAGUCUACAUGGAACAAUCAAAUAUUCAUAGUAAGAAAAUAUUGGGAUGCAACUUGGCUCUUAAUUUACAGUAUAAAUCAUCAAUGCUUUAAUGUAUCAUUCACUGCCACUGGGUUUAAACAAGGUGCUUUCGAGACAAAAACCUUUUAUACGUGUGAUUUUCAGUGACUGUUGAAACACAGCACUCAUUAGCAUCAACAUACCAGUGACAUUUCAAAUGCACUGCUGUUAAAUUGUGAGGUGUGGUAAAGUAGUUUAAUAAAGUUACUAUUACCAGAAUAGUGUUAUUUAUGGAAGGCCAUCUCAGAGUUAAAAAAAAAGAUACUUGUAAGAUGUUUAUGUCAACAUUUGGGAGAUGAGAUAUUAAGUUGCUUUAGUGAUAUGUGAAGUCACAAUUACAAGGUAUAAGGUCACAAAUGCAAGAAAUAAAGUCUAAAUUAAAAAAUAAUAAGGUUGCAAUUAUGAGAACUAACACUAAAACCACGAGAUAUGAAGUCACAGUUGCAAUAAAUGAUGUUGCUAUGAGGAAUGAAGUAAUUUAGAGAAAUAACAUUGUAAUUUGGGAUGCGUUGUAACAAUUAUGUUACAGAAAUUUGCAAUUGUGACAGAAGAAGAUACGAAACUGGCAGCAGCGAGAAAAUAGCAUCACAAUAACAAGCCAUGAAGCCACAGUAACGAAAUGUGAAGUUGCAGCUGCAAGAAAUAGUGGCGCAAUUAUCUUUUUUCCUCUCUCAGACGGCAAAAGGCCUUCAUAGUUAUUGAUUGUUCAUGCAAUGCAAAAUAUUAUUUACAUUUUCUCUCUAUUUACUUGAUAUACAGUUGAAUAGGUUUUUCUUCCAAUUAUCACUACGACAGACUUUUUUAUUAUAAACUUGAGUACAAGUCGAACAACUGGGUUGAAGUUCAAAAUGUUAUUUGAAGAAAUAUAAUUACCUUUGUAUUUUAUACAGUGUCAGUAUUAAUCUUUUUUGAAAGCACUUUUCACUUGCAUGGUACAAAAACUUUUUGGAAACAUAUGAAGAGUUAAUUUGCAAACACAUAACUCACAUGAUAACAGUUUUUUAUUGUGUUACUUGUUGUUUAUUGUAAACUUGUUUUAUUGUUUAAAACAACCCACCUGCAGUUUGAUAUUGGAAUGCAGAAUAAAACAAACAUGAUUUUUCGAAAUUAAAAAAAAAACAAAGUUAUCUGUUUUUGCAAAUGAACUCUUCAAAAAUAGUCACAGGGCAUGUAAACUGAGAUGCCGGAAGGCUGAUGUGUGAAUUUCAAUACGUUUUUUCAGGUUUCGAUCACUGCUUGAGCAUAUGCAAAUCACUCUGAGCACAAUUAAAAGACAAAGUCAAGCAUAAUGAAAGUUGGCAUUGUUUUCGAGCUGCAGUACAAUGACUUCUUAGAAACAUGUAAAAUACGUGGUCUAGAAUGUUGCAGACUCUCAGCUCCUUCCUCUGUCUAUUAACUUCUUCUUGUCAUGCAAAAAUAACCUUCAACAUCACCUUAAAAUGCAGAACUGCACCAGUAUUACUAAAAGACAGCUGUCAUGCAUAGCCAUACAAAAGACAAAAACAUGAUAUCAAGAUACAGAUAAUCAAUAAAAUGAGUCUUAUUGUAUUCAAUAUGCUAUUUAUUGUAUAGGUCUUACAUUUUCAAUUGGGAGCAUUUUAAUGGUUCAACACCACCACAGAACACAAGCAUGUGCAAUAAUUUAUGCAUAAUGAGUGUCAAUAAACGUAGUUUAGUUUAUACAAUGAUUGUUCAUAUGAAAGUGCAUCUACAGUAUGAGAGAUCCAUAUGAUGACACAUUUUGUAUCUAGAAAUGGUACUGCUGUUUUUUGAAUUGUGUGAAUUGUCUCUAAUGUGAAAUACCUUGCCAUAUUUCAUGUGCCUAGUUUUGAUGGAUAAUUGUUAGGAGGGAAAUAUGUAAUAAAGGAAUACGACUAUAAAACACUAAAUGGAUGCAAAAUAGUGAAAGUGCCAAACUCCAAUUUCUGAAUGUCUGGAAAUACUUACGAUUUGUACAACUACUCGGAAAGGUGCUAAAGCAGUCUAACGUGCCUCAUUUUUGUAGCGAAACCAUCUUUGAACUGUUGGAAAUGUGCCAAUUAUUUAAUAACUUACUCUUAAACUUCCAUCAUGGCUUGUAUUACAUCACAUUGUUGUCUUACAAUUUGUGCCAGGACUUAGAGACAUUUUAUUCACUGCCAAAAGAAGUGUAUUUUAUACCCAGAGAUUUCUAAUGCACAUGAUCCAUGCACAAAAUAUUAUUGUAUCAUCUACCAAUAAAUGUGUAACAAUGAAACUAA